AUGCCUGCAGCGACAGCGACUGCACCGCUUCUCGGCCGCAAGCCCCAACAGCCUGCACCCAGCCCGCCGAUGGCCCGGACGCCCACCGUGGCCAGCGUCCGCGACUACUUUGAAGCCCUGCCCUACACCCCGCCCAAUGACUUUCCCCACCGCGACAACGACUUUUGGCGUUUGAAGCAUGCGUCGUCGCCGCUGCGCACCGUUUCCGAGUGGGAAUGUGAACGCGUCCGUGACAUUACCAUUGCGUACAAAGAGGCGGGUGCCGUCAUUCCCGUUGGCAUACGAAGGCAGCGAGUCCCACUGGAGUGUGUCAUCACCCUGGCCAUGUCGGCCCUACUCGAGCACUACGCACCCGGCUUGGACUCGUACCAACCUCGCCCAUCCACCAGGCUUCUGUUUGACCGCGCCUGGUUUGGCAAACAUCGCCCUCAACCUGCAGAUGGCGCAGCAUACGGAUACUACACCGCCACGGGCACUGUCGGCAUGAGCGAUCCCAGCUGUUACGAAAACCUACUCAAGCAGGCCCGCGAACACGAGAAGCGAUUCCCACCUGGCCCCAGUCCCUCUGCCCGCAAUGCUCUCCACUACCCGCCUACGCGCGCUGCCCCUUUGCCACACCUCCCGACACCAUCGCGCCAACGAUGA